AUGGCCAACACCAGUCACGGAGUGCUGAAGCGAACUCCCAGAUCGCUACUACUCAUCAACAGCUUCAAAGUGAUAGAGUGCGGGGCGGUGCUGGUAUUGCCUCCGUGCCCACUGAGGUAG